AUGGCGGACGACUUUGACAAGACCGCAGAUGAGAGGAUCGAGUUUACGACCUCGAAAGAGGUGACAGUGGCCCCAACCUUCGAUGACAUGCACUUGAAAGAGAAUCUUUUACGAGGCAUAUACGCAUAUGGAUUCGAGUCGCCGUCAGCCAUUCAAUCUCGCGCCAUUGUUCAGAUCUGCAAAGGCCGCGACACCAUAGCUCAGGCGCAGUCCGGGACGGGUAAAACAGCUACGUUCGCAAUCAGCAUUCUACAAGUCAUAGACACCGCACUCCGAGAAACCCAAGCUUUGGUUCUUUCGCCGACCCGCGAACUUGCAACCCAGAUCCAAAACGUCAUCAUGGCCGUUGGCGACUACAUGAAUGUACAAUGCCACGCAUGUAUUGGAGGCACCAACGUCGGUGAUGAUAUCAGAAAACUCGACCAUGGUCAGCAUGUCGUAUCCGGAACUCCAGGUCGUGUUGCGGAUAUGAUUCGACGCCGCCAUCUUCGUACGCGUCACAUCAAAAUGCUUGUUCUCGACGAAGCCGACGACUUAUUAGCGCGCGGUUUCCGUGAUCAAAUCUAUGACGUGUACCGAUACCUCCCUCCUGCAACUCAAGUCGUCGUUCUAUCCGCUACGCUCCCUUACGAUGUCCUAUCGAUGACUACGAAAUUCAUGACGGAUCCAGUCCGGAUUUUGGUUAAGCGUGAUGAGUUGACCCUAGAAGGCUUAAAACAGUAUUUCAUUGCGGUGGAGAAAGAAGAAUGGAAAUUCGACACGCUUUGCGAUCUUUACGACACCCUAACCAUUACGCAAGCGGUUAUCUUCUGCAAUACGCGACGCAAGGUUGACUGGUUGACUGAUAAGAUGAGAGAAGCAAAUUUCACAGUCUCCAGCAUGCACGGGGAGAUGCCUCAAAAGGAACGAGACAGCAUCAUGCAGGAUUUCAGACAGGGGAACUCCCGCGUUCUGAUUUCGACCGAUGUCUGGGCUCGAGGAAUCGAUGUGCAGCAGGUAUCGUUAGUGAUUAACUACGAUCUACCCAGUAAUCGUGAGAACUACAUCCACAGAAUCGGUCGAAGCGGUCGUUUUGGGCGCAAGGGUGUUGCAAUCAACUUCGUUACGAGCGAGGACGUUAGAAUUCUAAGAGAUAUUGAACUCUACUAUUCUACACAGAUCGACGAAAUGCCAAUGAACGUCGCCGAUCUUCUAGGGUAA